GCCAUGAGCUGUGCACUGCCCUACGACUCGCUGUCAGCGCGGCCGAGCCCACGCCGAUCCAGCGAGUGGGAGCGCGAGCAGCACGCAGCACGACGGCUGUCCUCGCCCAGGGGUCCGAGCCUCCUCACCCCUACGGCAGUCUCCCGCCGGCCGUCGGCGCUCCCCGGAUACCUGCUCUCACCCUUCCAGGAUCAGCACGACUCGCAGCAGCAGCUGCAACAGCAGCUGCAACAGCAUCAGCAGCAGCAGCAGCAGCAGCAGCGUCUCUCCUUGUCGCUGUGCUCCGAGGCCUCGCUGGCGCCCCCAGUGGCCCACGUGGGCAAUGCCCCACCAUGCUGCCGGGCGGUGGGCGUCAUGCCCCUACUGCGGCUGGCGCUGCUGGCCUUCAGCUGCAUGUUCUGGGCGGCCGGGCUGGCCAUCUUCACACUGGGCGUGUGGGCGCAGGCCUCCCUGGCCGACUACAUGCUGCUGUCGUCCAACCGCUACCCCAACGCGCCGCUCAUUCUCCUGGCCACCGGCGCUGCCAUCACCGCCUGGGGAUUCCUGGGCUGCCUGGGGGUGGCCGCCAACCUGCCAUGCCUGCUACGCGCCUAUGGCUUCUUCCAGCUGGCCGCACUGAUGGGCGGGCUUGCCGCCGGCCUCUCCGGGCUCUUCUACCGCGAGGACAUUGCCGGGGGCUUCCGCAGUGGCCUGCACCAGGCAGUGGCAGCCUACGGCGAGGACGACGGUCGGGCUGACGCCCUGGACAGCCUUCAGAGGGUGCUCGAGUGCUGCGGGGCCGAGGGAUGGCACGACUGGCUCAGCUCUGACUGGGCAACCCAAGAUUUCUCUGGCGGCUCGGCAGUGUUGCCCGGGAACAUCACCUGGACGUCGGUGCCCGACAGCUGCUGCGUGCGACGUAAGGGCUGUCGCAACCGACCGCUGCCGGAGGGGGGCAGCCAAGGAGUGGCGGCAGCUGCUGGGAUCCAUCCGCACGGAUGCUUCCGGAAAGUGUUCAGCUUUGUCAACGACAAUGUCUUUCACAUCGCUGCAACUGUGCUUGGGCUGGCUUUCAUCCAAGUCGCAGGCAUCACACUGGCAUGCCUACUCGCCAACCGGUUGGCACCUCGGUUACAGCGACCAGGAGUUCAUUAACAUGUGUGGGUCGCGUACCCACUGGGAUCCCUGUGACCUCUGCACUACCAUAACUGGACAGGGCUGUGCCUCAGGACUGUGCCAUGGAAGUGCACAGCUGGUCGAAAUUCACCUGACCACCUGAAUUCCAAACUACAGUCUCGACCAAAUGGACAAACCAUUAAUAUGUUUGCAGUCAUUGCUGUCGUUAUUGUGAAACCAUUGUUAGAUAUCCAUGAGCCAUUCCUGAUCCAUUUGGACACUUUAGAUAGAUAGCCUACUGAAGGAAUGCCAACAUCUCUAUCCUGCUGAUUCUGAUUGUUUCGAGUUAAUACUGUAUAACACAGGACAGCAGAGACAGUACAAAAACAACUGUACUUGAAAAAAACUAAAUACAACUAUCACUAAGGUAACCAAGACCUUUAUCAGAUUUACUUCUGUAUAUAGUUAUUUAUGCAUGGACUUACAAAUGAGUAUGUUUCACGCUACUUCAAGUAUUAUAUCCUUAAGGCAUUUCAGAUAGUGAAUGAAUAAUAACACAUCCUUUAAGAAGCACUCAAAAAAGUUAAGAGCACAACACAAGAGAAUAUGGGAUUAAUUAAUACAAGGGAUAUUCACAACGGGACAUCUUUUGGGUAUGUAAAACAAAAUAUUGGUAAUUGUAACAAAACAUUUACUAAUUUGAUAACUACUUUGAAAAUACAAGUUAUCUGUAGAAAUUGUAUUGAGUAUUAUAAAAAAUGUAUAUAAAUGUGUGUGAUAUUUUACUUUAAUUUACAAAUAUGCAUCAUGAAAAUUGUUCAGGUGCAAUACGGCUGUUAUCCACUGCAAUAGCUAUAGAAAUGGAAAUAAUGUUAACGUAAUGACAUGCCAAGGCCAAGACAUGCCAAGGAAAUCAAUAUCUGUUUAUUGUAUAUCCCACUUAAGAAUCACCUUGUCAUGUGUAUUAUUAAUUGAUUAUUCAUAUAUGUUUCCCAUAUUGAUUGUGGAUAACAAUAAAUCAGAAUUUGAUUUGCCACUGAGGUCACUACACAUCUAUCUUGUAUAUCAGGAUGGUGCAAAUCUUUUUGUCCUUGUCUUAGCUGACAUUAUUGCCGUUGAAAUCAAAUAAAAUGUAUCAGAUACUGUA